GAUGAAGAAGACAGCUAGCUUUAGCAGUGUUGUUGUCGGCACAUAUUUACCAUAUUUGACAGCUUAUAUUAUCACAGAAAAGCAGUGGGACUUCAUAUACGACCAUAAAUUAAGACCUCUCUCUGAGCCCGAGGCACUAAAAGCGGAUAUUUACGUGGCAGCCAUACUGCUAAAUGCUAAAUAAAUGUUGAUGGUCUGUUUCACAGAUACAAAGCACUGCGGAAACCCGGGCGGUGCAAUGGAGACAGUGGAACCACAUCAAUGUGUACAAUUUGGGCAUUAUAGUUUUGUCUCUUAGCCAUGUUCAAAAAAAGGCUGACUGCUCCACCUACUGAGAUUCAGCUGGGAAACUACAAAUGCUGUCGGUGCACUGAGUUCUGUUCAGCAGCACAGAUUGACAAGGAGGGUAUCGACAUGGUCUCUUUCUUUAAACCCCUUGCACCGUUCCCUCCCACUCCCAAAGCAUUGUUGCAGCAGAGGCUGAGAUGGAGGAACACAUGCCCCUCAGCCGUGUUCACUGUGAGUUUGUCGCUGAAACUGCUCAGAAACUGAGUGAUCACCUCUCGCAGCACAACCAGCUUCCAAGUUGUGCUGAAGACAGCGAGACUGCGCCCACGACUGCAUCUGCCAUUGGAAGUCAUCAGACUCGGGUGUCCAGCCGACUAAAAAGAAAACUGAAAUCCAGGCCAGCGAGUUCUUCGUCUUCACCAGGAGAUGGGGACAAAGAACAGCCUGAAAAGGAUGGACGUGAUACGAAAAGAAGACGAAAGGCGGUGAAUAGAGACAAAGACGCAGCAUUGGACACAGCUGUACUAAAAUCCAAAGAAUACGUUGCAGAGGCUGCAGAGCACAUCUACCGCACUCACACCUGCCCCACAUGCCGCCGCUGCUUCAAGAUGCGGUCCCACCUGCAGGAACACCUCCACAUACAUUUCCCUGACCCCAGUCUCCAGUGUCCCACCUGCAAGCGUUACUUCACCAGCAAGAGCAAACUACGCAUACACAGACUCCGCGAGGCAGGAGAAAAAGUUCACCGCUGCCACUUGUGUGACUAUUCCGCCGUGGAGCAGAACGCGGUCCGACGGCAUCUCAUCAGCAUGCAUGCUGACGCGGCACAAGGAGGCGUGAACGGUCCAAGUUAUCCUUGCCCUACGUGUGGUCAGAGCUUUCGCCAAAGCAGGUCACUCAAGACUCACAUGAAGAUGCACAACAUCCCAACAACCAGCCAGCCCGUGGCCUGCUUUCAAGAGGCCUGUUCUUUCCAGACUUCUUCACCCAAAGAACUUCUUAGACACACUCUUGAAGUCCAUGGAGUCCAGGCAGUACAGUGUCGCCAUCAUGCCUGUGGUGCCGUUUUUGAAAAAGAGACUGACAUGGAGGCUCAUUAUCGGACACACCUGGCAUACCACUGCUCACAGUGUGACUUCUCCUGCUCAAAUAAAGCCCUUUUCCUCCAGCACCAGCGGCAGGGCCACGCAGGCACCGACAAGCUCUGCUGUGACUUUUGCUCCUUCGAAACGUUUAACCCCGUGGAGUUUGAGCAGCACAUCGGACAUUUGCACGCCAACGAGAAGAUCCACCGUUGCUCUCAGUGCAGCUACGUGACGUCACACAAGCGUGGCUUGAAGAGACACGUGCUGAUGCACAGUGGUGAGAGGCCCCACAAGUGCAGCUUGUGUGAUUUCAGGUGCCGAGAUGAGUCCUACCUCUCCAGACAUAUGCUCACUCACUCCGACGACAAGAACUUCAUGUGCGCUGAAUGUGGAUAUGUCACUAAAUGGAAGCACUACCUGAACGUCCACAUGAGGAAACAUGCUGGAGACCUCAGGUAUCAGUGCGAUCAAUGCUCCUACCGUUGUCACCGCAUGGACCAGCUGAACAGCCACAAGCUAAGACACCAGGCCAAAACACUCAUGUGCGAGAUCUGUGCGUAUGCCUGCAAGCGAAAAUAUGAGCUUCGCAAUCACAUGUUGGCCAAACACUCUGGAGAGGAGAGACCGCCGUCUGUGCAUCAGUGCAAAUACUGCGCCUACACCACCUGCUACCGACAAGCACUUCAGAACCAUGAGAACUGCAAACACACCAAGCUGAAAGAGUUUCACUGUGCCCUCUGCGCUUACUCUUCCUUCAGUAUCAUCAGCCUUUUCCUGCACAAGAGGAAAUCUCAUGGGUAUGUACCCGGGGACAAAGCAUGGCUGGAGCACUAUGCCGCAAAAGAGAAGGAGAGAAACUCAGCAGAUUUUGUGGAGGAUUUCUACAAUAAUCACGCCACAGAUCAUGAGCAGCCCGGACAGUCCAGUGAAGGAGAGCCGGCAUCUCAAAGAGAACAGCUCAGGCCUGCAGGUGCAGCCGGUCACAGUAGACAAACCGCACCUGCAGUGCAAUCCAUGGAAGCCGUCAAUGCUUUGAACGUUCCUCAAGAGGUUGUUCAUGAAGGCAUUUCAGACAGUCUGCCAUCUGUGAACAGUCCAGAGGAGUACUGCACUCUGAUAUUAACUACCCUGUCUACCACUGACUGUCAGAACCCCUCACUGCAAAACGUGGAGGAAGACCGUGCAAGUCAAAGUCAAAUGACGGCUACUUCCAAAACAUCUCUGGAGAAAGCAGACUGCUCUACAUCUACAACUUCAUCAGAGGAGGAUAACGUAGCAACGUCUCACGAAGAGUGUGAACUAAAUGACUUAGACGACAGCUGUGAGCCUGCAAAUGAUUCAGCCAGUCAAUCAGUUGAGCAUAGGAAGUGCCAAAUACCAGAGGUGGCGAGUGAUGGUAAAACAGUCGGUUCUAUUUUGCCAGAAGCGCAAAAUCGACCAUUGGAAUCUGAGGUCCGCCUGAACGCUAUGAAGAAGCACGACAAGGACCAAGCAGAUGCAAUGGUUCUGGAGGGACGCGUGCAGAUGCUUGUGGUGUCAACCAAAGACGUUAAAGGCUGUGAAAAGCGCUCUGACAAAACCACAGAGGAGACCGCGUUUCGCGGCCAGGCCGUGCGCACUGGGAAAACACAGGAACACAAGUGCCAGGCCUGUGGUGCUCACUUCAAACAGAGACGAGGACUUGAUAGUCACUGUGCAAAGAAGUGCCCAGCACUUCCACGAAAAACAAGAACAUUUGUUGGCUUUUCAAAAAUAUGUCCAGCUGCAGAGGAGAGCUGUAAUCAGGGUAAGCAGGCAUUAAAAGAACUGCCAGAGGGAACGGAUACAGAUCGGACAGAGCUGUCUUCACAAAUUCAGUCCUCUACAGACUCAAUUGAUCCAGAUGAAGUGUGUACAUCUCAUUUAACGGUCUCUGAGAGAUCUGACGAUGCACCUUCAGGACCUCAGCAAAGCAAAUCUUGUGUCAACUAUGGGAAAAACCUCUUACAUCACAACAAAGACCGUGGUGUAUCACUGGAGAAAGGGGCCCUUUAUACUAAAAGAGAUAAUAAAUUCAAAUGCAACCUGUGCCCAUUUGCGUCUGUCAGGCUUGCGAUAGUUGAACGGCACCUCACAACCUGCCCAAACAGAAAUCAGAGAGGAGACAAUCGGAUUCCUUCAGAAGUGGAUGGUGAUAGUGAAAAUGAAUCAGACCCAGCAAAAGAGGUGAAUGAGAACAAUGCAUUAGACGGCUAUGAAAAGAGCAGCUGCACAAAGGCAGGUGAAGUCCAGUGCACAGCGUGUGCAUUUGCAAGUAAAUCGUCAACGACCUUGACCCGCCACGUUCUGCGCGUUCAUAAAAAGAAGUUUGCAGUCGCCCAGCCGAAGCGUUUGCGUUGCCAUCAGUGUUCGUUCACCUGUAAGCAGGAACGCUGCAUGGCACAACACGUCGCCCUCAAACACAAAGGUGUCAGGCCUCACCGUUGCCGAUACUGUCCUUUUGCCACCACGCGGCGCUAUCGCUUGGAAGAGCACGAGUCUCUUCACACGGGAGUUGGGCGCCACGAGUGCGACGUGUGUGACAAGACCUUUGGGGCCGUGACGAAACUGCGGCAGCACAAGAUGCGCAUACACGACAAACAGCCUGUGCACUCGUGCCCUCUGUGUGACUUCAGUGGCUUCACACUGGACGAUAUAAGGCGGCAUCAACUGAGGUGCCACACGGGGGAAUUAAAGCACGCUUGCACUGACUGCGACGCCUGCUUCAGUUCAGAGAUUGCACUAAGAAACCACUGCAAACGUGUUCACCAGCUCCAAGGCUGUUUCCCGUGCAAGCAGUGUGACCACACGUGUGGCAGCGAGGACGCACUGAAGGCCCACCAGCAAAGCAAACACCGUGAGCUAAAAUGCACCACCUGUCAGGAGACUUUUUUGACAAGGCAACACCUGGAGCUCCAUCAGAGGAGCCACCUCGCACACCGGUGUCAGCUGUGCUCCUUUGCCACUAAAACAAGGCAGCGUUUAGCUCUGCACCUUGUUGGCGAACACGAGGACGGACCCCCCGAGGACAAGCCCCUCAAGUGCAGCACGUGUUCGUUCGCUUGUCGGCAUCAGCUGGUGCUGGAGCAUCAUCUGCGGUCACACGGAGGCAGGCGUCUGUACAAAUGCCGAGACUGCGACUACUCCACCAGGAACAAGCAGAAGAUCACGUGGCACAUUCGCACGCACACUGGGGAGAAGCCGUACCGCUGCGAGCAGUGUAGUUACACCUGCACUGACCCGUCCAGGCUGAAGCUUCAUAUGAGGGUUCACCAAGAAGAGAGGAAGUACCUUUGUCCAGAGUGCGGCUACAAAUGCAAGUGGGCAAGUCAGCUGAAGUAUCACAUGACCAAGCACACAGGAGAGAAGCCAUAUGCCUGCGACGACUGUGACUAUCGCACCAACAGAGCGGACGCCUUGCGCGCCCACCGGGACACUCAACACUGCGACGUGCGUCCUUACGUCUGCGAGAAAUGUGGCAAAGCCUUCAAGACGAGCUUCAUACUCAAGACCCACCAGCGGCAGCACAGUGACGGGCGGCCGUACGCGUGCGGACUGUGUCACAAGGCCUUCCGGUGGCCGGCGGGUCUCAGACACCACUUCCUGUCUCACACCAAGCAGCAGCCUUUCGGCUGUCGCCACUGCUCCUACCGGGCGAAGCAGAAGUUCCAAGUCGCCAAGCAUCUGCAGAGACAUCACCCGGAGGAGUCGGUCGAGCAGGGGGUGGUGAGGCACGCGGAAGCUGUGAGCCUGACCCUGAAGGAGGCGCUGCAGGGGACACUGCACGAGAGAGCAGCUGAUGUGGACAAAGAGGGGGAAGCCAGUGAAGGAGCAGCUGAGGAGACAAGACAGUGAGACCAGACACUGAGGAGCGGCCACAGCGCUGUUUUAAGGUGUCGUGUGUCCUAACUACGACUGUUCACACACUGGGAAAAAAAAAAACAUCCCAACGUAUUUGUUAAUUAAUUUUUAU